AUGACGGCCAACGGCACAGCGUCCCACCAGGCGGUGGUUCUCAUCCUCGAUUACGGCUCCCAGUACACGCAGCUCAUCACUCGUCGUGUGCGCGAGUUGUGCAUGUUUUCUAUGCUCUUUCCGGGGGAUGCAUCGUUGGAUCGCAUUAAAAGCGUGAGCCCACGCGUGGUCAUCCUUUCCGGCGGCCCUAACUCCGUGCACGUUGAGGGCUCGCCGCGCGUGCCGGAAGGCUUUUUUGAGUAUUGCGGCGAGAACAAUAUUCCCGUUCUUGGUAUCUGCUAUGGAAUGCAAAUGAUUACCCACCUCCUGGGCGGCGAGGUUAAAGCAGCGGCUCACGGUGGCGAGUACGGCCGCAUGCCCAUGGACAUCGCCGCGUCGUCACGACUCUUUGACUUCCUCAGCAGUAGCACAGUAAACGUCUGGAUGAGCCACGGUGACGAAGCCGUUCAACUGCCGGAGGGUUUCACAGCAGUUGCUAAGAGCCACCAGGGCGCCAUUGUGGCCAUUGAGAACACUGAGCGCCAGAUCUACGGCUACCAGUUUCACCCCGAGGUCAUGCACACGGAGCACGGUAUGGAGAUGAUCAAGCACUUCCUUAUCGGGAUCGCGCAAGUGCCCGCGAAUUGGAACAUGGGCCAGGUGCUUGAAACGCAGUUACAAAAGAUCGCUGAGCAGGUUGGUCCGGAGGAGCACGCAAUCUGCGCGCUAUCGGGCGGUGUGGACAGCACUGUGGCGGCCACACUGGUGCACAAGGUGUUGGGCGAGCGCUUGCACUGCGUCUUUGUGGACAAUGGCUUGCUGCGGUACAAUGAGCAACAGCGCGUGAUGGACACGUUCAACAACCACCUGCACCUGCCCGUCACAUGUGUCGACCACAGCAAGGUGAUGUUGGACCGCCUGCGGGGCCUCACCGACCCGGAGGCCAAGCGCAAGGCCAUCGGCGCCGAGUUCAUUGAGGUAUUCAAAAACUACGCCACAGAGCUGGAGCAGAAGCUGGGCAAGAAGCCCAGGUUCCUCGUGCAGGGCACGCUGUACCCUGACGUCAUCGAGUCCUGUCCCCCUCCGGGCAGCGGACAGAAACACAGCCACACCAUCAAGUCGCACCAUAACGUGGGCGGCCUACCCAAGGACCUGCAGUUUACGCUCAUCGAGCCCUUCCGGGAACUUUUUAAGGAUGAGGUGCGCGCCGUCGGGCGGUUGCUUGGCGUUCCAGAGCAGUUCAUCAAGAGACAUCCCUUCCCGGGCCCCGGUCUGGCUGUGCGUGUGCUGGGCGAUGUUACCGAGGAUGGCAAGCUGGACACCCUUCGGGAAGUCGAUGAGAUUUUUGUCAAUACCAUCCGUGAGUACGGGCUGUACGACGAGAUUUGGCAGGCUUUUGCAGUAUUCCUGCCGGUCAAGGCCGUGGGCGUGCAGGGCGACCAGCGCACACACAGCCAUGUGGUGGCGCUGCGUGCAGUGACCUCGGCCGACGGCAUGACGGCCGACUGGUACAGCUUCACGCCGGCUUUCCUGCGCGACGUAUCGAACCGCAUAUGCAACAAGGUCCGCACCGUAAACCGGGUGGUGUACGACAUUACCAGCAAGCCGCCGGGCACAAUUGAGUGGGAGUAGAUUGAUCGAUUGGGGCUCCUCAGGGCUUUGGCGUUGCAGCCUAGGCGUGAUGUUGGUCACGAUCCGACUUUAGCAGGGUGAUGAACUGACGGUGGUGGUGGUGGUGGAAUGCCCGUUUGCUGGGCGGGAAUGUGUGUGAAGCUGGGACAUCUGUGAUUGGGCUUGGAACUGUAUCUGCUUGGACGUGCAUUUGCUGGGUCGUUGCAGGGCUUGCGUUGGGUUCGUUGGUUGGUUUCGUUGCGGCGCAAAGGCGGAUUACAGGUGGAGGGUCCACAUCGGAGCACGGUUUUUGCACUGGGUGCGUGCAUCCCGGUCGAUUGACCAAGUCGUACACAGAAGUGAGGGAGGUGUUGUGACAGGACCUCUUGUUCUUCGGGUUUUUAAAAACUAGCCAACGACAUAGAACCAAGGAUUUUCAGAUUGGAUUGCAGGCAAGAGUCGUAGGUAGGCACUGCUAUUGCCGUGCAGAUGAAGUCAGCAGCGGCGCUGUCCCACAUAUUGCAUGUGAGCCUAUAUUAAUUCGUUAAAGCGCUGUUGGUCUGAUUAUGCUUCCGGUUGCUCUGUGAAAUGGCUGUAGCUUCAUAGGCCGUCCUCAUAUCACAGUUGCAGAAAUUGGGAAAGGUCAAUCGGUUGACAUGACAUCUGAACCUGCCAUUGGCCUUCGUCCCGUGGCUCCUCUUUUCAUUUUUAUCUCGCAAGAGCAGAUCCAUCCGACUUUUGUCGUGGGUUAUCUAUCUGCUAUGAUGUAGAUUCGGCCAUCGAGUGCCCGGGUUGGUACAAUGCGACUAGCUCAUUGCCAGUGCACGGUUCUCCUUGUCGAGACCCGAACUAAUGACAGUUGAACUCUGCGCAACACACAACUCCCAUUCGCGUGAGAAGGGAGGACUUGUACGCGGUAUGUUUCCUG